AAAAAUCUUAAUCAUUUUAUUUAUUCUUAACCUUUUUAAUCUUCCUCACACAAUUUAUUUAUUUUUACUACAACUGACAAGUUUUUGCAUUCAAAUGCAAAAAUACUAAAACUAAUUUAUUUUACAAUGUUUAUACGUCUAUUUGUUGUUGUGUUUACAUUUCUAAUCUAUAAAAUCAGUGUCACUGCAGGCGAUAAUAAUAAUAAUGUUGUUGGUACAUUAUCAUUGAAGGAAACGGAAUUUUGCAAUGAAAUACCCAGAGCUGACAUUGAGCAGUAUUUGUCGACAAAAACGCCAUAUCGUGUGGUGGCCAAUUUGGAUGAUAAACCCAUAAAUUAUCCAGGUUGUCAUGCUACACGCAUUUGGUCAGUUAUUCGUCAUGGUACACGAAAUCCGGGUAAAAAGGUUAUAGCACGCAUUAAAACUCAAUUGAAGUCUUUAAGGGAUCACAUUUUGGCAGUCAAAGAUGUUGAAAUGUGUCCCAAACAAUUAGAAAGUUUAAGUAAAUGGAAUUUUACCGUCACAGCUGAGGAAGAGAAAUAUUUGGUGGCGGAGGGAGAAGAUGAACUAAUAGAGUUGGCUGAACGUAUGCAAAAUAGAUUUCCAAUGCUAUUGCCUGAAACUUACAAUCCAAAGCAGUAUUUCUUUAAAUACACCGCCACUCAAAGAACCUUGAAGAGUGCACAGAGUUUUGCUACCGGCUUAUUUGGUAGACAUCGUAUUGGUAAUAUAAUUUAUCCAGAGGCUUUACAUAAAGAUCCUGUAUUGAGGUUUUAUAAAUUAUGUAGUCGCUGGAAAACUGAUGUCGAUAAAAAUCCCCAAACAUUUGACAAUGUGCGUAAAUUUUUGCAAACAGAUCACAUGCUCGACGUUCUCAAACAUCUGCGAAAGAAAACUAAAUUGUCUAAUAUUGAUGCCCACACAGCGCGACUCAUCUACACAGUGUGUGCCUUUGAAACAGCCUGGCAAAGACGCAAAGAACCAUCGGUAUGGUGUCAAUUGCUCGAUCGUAAAUCUAUACAAAUCCUAGAAUUUGCCGAAGAUUUAGAGUACUAUUGGAAUGAUGGCUAUGGCUAUGAAUUGACUCACCAAAUAGCCUGUCCGGCCAUAGCCGAUAUGUUCGAGCAUAUUGAUCCACUGUCUACUUUGCCAAAUUCCACAUUUUAUUUUACACAUUCUGGAACUUUGCUUAAAGUACUGGCACAUUUGGGUCUGUAUAAGGAUGAGGCUCCUUUAACGUAUCAAGAUUAUGGCAAACAACGUAAAUGGCGUACCAGUGCCAUUGAUGCUUUUGCCACAAAUGUGGCAUUUGUUUUAUACGAUUGCCAAAACGAGGGACCCAAGGUGUUAACCUUGCAUCAAGAGCAAGUCGUACAUAUACCAGGCUGUCCGGUCAACAAUGACCUCUGCAGUUUAAACACCCUGCGCAAACUCUUUGCCCACAGUUUAGACAAUUGUAAUUUCAAUGAAAUGUGUGCGUUUUAAAUGAAAAGAUUUUAAACGAACUAGAUUUGUUUGAGCAUCACAAAACUUAAAAACCAGCAAUCAAAAUACUACGCCUACAAUGUCAAAUGCAUAUUUGGAGAUACUUAGAUAAGAUUUAAAAACCAACCAUAUUUCUUUAAUUAUUUUAUUUUGUACAUAAUGUAUAUCUGUUUGUGUGCUGUACUUUGUAUGUACCCUCAGAAUUUCUAGGAAGCAGCGCGACUACCAUUUAAACAUUAUCUACAUACAGCAACUAAAUGCAACAAAAUAUCAGAUGCUUUAUUUAAUUACUAUUUUUCCUUAACUUUCUUUCUAAACUUUCCCUUUCCUUGUCAAUUUUAGUAAUUAUUGUGUACAUAUAUUGUUUAUCCUUCUACUACUUAUAGUACUACUUUGAUAUGUUGUUCUUUAACCCCCCCCCCCUCUUUUUCAUCGCACUCAUUUUUUUUUAACAUUUUAAACAGGUUCUUAAGUAAAUAUAAUUUCUAGGCUGGAAUAGCUCUUCUCCACUUAUGGAAUUUCUCUUUCAUCUUAGUAAAAUUAUUCUCUUGUUAUUUAUAUUUGUAUUAAAUCUUUAUAAUUCUUUUGCUAAAAAAAAAGAAUUAUUUGUCAUGUUAAUUAACUAAAAAAAAUUAUGAUUAUUUUCGAAAUAUUAGAGAUUUUUGAAUUUACACUUUUCUUUUAAGAAUCUGUUUAUUAAUUUUAAGAAUCUGUGUAGUUGUGUUUUAUAACGUAAUGUAGCGUUAUAUACGUAAAUCUAAAUGUAUAAUUUAUUUCUUAAUUGUUUCUCUUAACAAAACUUAACUUUAUGCAGUGACUGAAAUAAUUGAAAAAAAAAUAAUAAUAAUUAUACACAUUUACACACAAAAACACACCUUUACACACACACAUACAUACAACAAGUAGUUAGGAUUAACUAAAAAUAUAACAAAUAUUAAUUUAAUUGCAUUAUAUUGUGUUCCAGUAAUUUAAAAAAAAAAAAACUAAAACUUAACUCACAAACAAUCUACUAAACUAUUGAAACAAUCACCCACUACACCAAUCCACCUUCACCACUAUUUUCAUUACUUUCCUUCCUACUCCCCUCCCACACUUUACAACUUUCUGUCUUUUUCCUUAAUAUUUUUUUUAUUAUUAACUAAUAUUAAAAUUUAAACAAAUAAUAAUGUGGAAAAUUACAAGAAUUAUGUUAAAUUGUGUUAAAAACUUAAUUUCUUUCUAUUUGUUUGCUAAAAUUGUUUUUUCCUUUAUAAGUUAAAUUUAAUAUAUACAAUUACAAACAUAAUUAUAAACAAAUUAUUCUAUUUUAUUAUAAUGCAAUAAUAUUUAAAAAGAAAAAGGAGAACAUUAAUAAUAAAAACAAACAACAAGAAAAA